UCCCAUUUGCUCUGCACAACCCUCGUAGAUGACAGGUUUGGAUCUAGAUACAUGUCACAUCAUAGAAAUGGCAUGCCUUAUUACAGAUGGAGAACUUAAUGUUGUAGCAGAGGCUCCAAAUCUUGUUAUCCAUCAACCAGAUGAAAUACUUAAUACAAUGGGAGAGUGGUGUACAAAGCAUCAUGGAGAGUCUGGACUAACUGACGCUGUAAAAGCCUCAGAUCUGAGCCUAAGUAAAGCUGAAGAUAUCAUGGUUGAUUUUGUUAAGGAACAUAUAACUUCACCAAAUAUUUGUCCAUUGGCUGGAAACUCAGUUCAUGAAGAUAAGAGAUUCUUAAAAAAAUACAUGCCUAGAUUCCUAGAUUAUUUGCAUUACAGAAUCAUUGAUGUYAGUACUAUCAAAGAGUUAUGUAGGCGAUGGUAUCCAAUAGAAUACAAUGGCACUCCAAAAAAAGCUUUGAAUCACAGAGCACUUGAUGACAUCAAAGAAAGCAUUAGAGAGCUACAGUACUACAAAAAGACAAUUUUCAAAUGAUUUUAAUAAUAAAUAAGGUUUAAUUAAUCAUCAUAUCAUCAUUUAAAUGCUACAGAUAAUAUUGAUGUACAUACUAAUACAAUUUUUACUUUGUACUGAUUGUCCAGUUUUAUUUGUUGUCCAAUAUAAGUUGAUCUAUUUCCCUGAAGAAAAGAAAUUUCUCAAAUUAAUGCAUAAUUAAGGGAUAAUAAGAAAAUAAUAGGCCCAUUUCAGACAUCGAUCUUUUGCUGCACCUAAUCAAAUUGCUUACAUGCAGUUCUCUAGAGAUGUUUGCAGUCUGCAUUGAUUAAUAUUUACAGAUUAUAGUUAGCUUGUCCAACUGAA